AUGCCAUUGGUUUCAUUCAAUAUAGAAAUCACUCUAAAAUACGGAUAGGCUUUGUACCUGGCCAAUUCUCAAUGUGACUGGGUUGUAGAUAAAAUGUGUCGGAUGACUUGUGCCUAGGAUUCUUUCUGGUAAUUCUCAUUGGAGGUCAAUCUAAAUCCUUUCGAGUACAAAUAUGCAAUUGGUGAUUACUUUCUGUAGAAUUAAAGUGAUCUUCAUUGGGAGAGAGGUCCGAAUCGAAUUUUGAAUUGGAACAAUGAAAAAUGCAUUACUAUAAAGAAUAAGUGGGAGCAAAGGAAAAUUUCAUUUUUUUUGUAAGCCAAUUCCAAAACGACUGUCGCCAUCUUGAUGAGCAAUUAUAAUUCACUACAAAAAAGAUUAAAAAAAAAUAAAGAUAUAAAUAAUAGCUCGAAAGUGUUCUGCACGAGUCUAUAUGUCGAUGUAAGUGAAAUCGCCCAAGGGAUAGAAAUUUAGUAUUACCUUCUGAUACAGAGGAGAUGUAUAUAAAAAAAAUAAAUUUCAAGAUCCAAGCGAGCUCAUUAGUAAGCCUAUAAAUUUGAAUCUUUCUAACUAAUUUUGGUUUCAUUAAAAUGA